AGAAAGCUCCUUAGAAACCAUUCCAUAUAUUCCACUGUUUAUCUGUAGGCCUUUUCUUUCAUCACACCUUAUAUAUAUAUAUAUAUACAAGUAAACAUUAUUUUCUCACAAUCAAGCUUCAUUCUGUCUAUCCUCAUGGCUACAUCACAGUUUUCUCUCUCUCCAAUGAUACUUGUAGCCCUUGCCUUAAUAGUGUUCUUCAUUACACCGACGUGUUCAACGUCCAGAGGCGCCCUCAAUCACCAAACAGUGCAAAAUGGUUUCCGUGUCACUCUAAACCACGUUGAUUCGGGUAGAAAUCUGACAAAAUUUGAGCGUUUACAGCGAGCAAUGAAGCGUGGGAGAUACAGAUUGCAAAGAUUGAGUGCAAUGGCUUUGGCAGCAACAGAUUCCGAAGUCAAAUCUCCAGUUCAUGCAGGGAAUGGUGAGUUUCUCAUGCAAUUAUCAAUUGGGACACCACCAGAAUCUUUUUCUGCCAUAAUGGAUACUGGCAGUGAUUUGAUAUGGACUCAAUGCAAGCCCUGUACGCAGUGUUUUGAUCAGCCAACGCCAGUUUUUGAUCCAAAGAAGUCAUCUUCUUUUUCGAGUCUUUCGUGCUCAAGCGAGCUCUGUGCAGCAUUGCCAGUGUCAACCUGUAAUAAUGGCUGCGAAUACCUGUAUAUGUACGGAGAUUAUUCAUCAACACAAGGUUUAUUGGCGACGGAAACGUUCACUUUUGGUAAAGUUUCAAUUCCAAAGGUUGGGUUUGGUUGUGGGAAAGAUAAUGAGGGAAGUGGAUUCACACAAGGUGCAGGCCUAGUUGGACUAGGGCGUGGACCGUUGUCGCUCGUUUCACAGCUCGAAGAACCCAAGUUUUCAUAUUGUCUAACUUCAAUUGAUGAUACAAAAACUAGUACCCUUUUGAUGGGGUCUCUUGCUAGUGUGAGCUCCACAGGCAAUUCAAUCAAAACCACCACUUUGAUCAAAAACCCUUCACAACCAUCUUUUUAUUAUCUUCCACUUGAAGGGAUCACAGUUGGUGACACUAUCUUACCCAUCAAGAAAUCAACUUUUGCACUCAAUGAAGAUGGGAGUGGAGGCAUGAUUAUUGACUCUGGUACUACAAUUACUUACUUAGAAGAAAGUGCUUUCAAUUUAGUCAAGAAAGAGUUCACUUCUCAGAUAAACCUUCCGGUGGACAAUUCGGGCUCGACUGGCCUUGAUCUUUGUUUCACCUUGCCAUCCGACGCCAGUAACAUAGAGGUUCCAAAGUUGGUGUUCCAGUUUGAUGGUGCAGAUUUGGUUUUGCCAGGGGAGAACUACAUGAUUGCUGAUUCAAGUUUGGGUGUGUUGUGUUUGGCAAUGGGAAGUUCAAGUGGAAUGUCCGUCUUUGGAAAUGUCCAGCAGCAGAAUAUUUUGGUGCUCCAUGAUCUUGAGAAGGAGACCAUUUCAUUCAUUCCAACACAAUGCAGUCAGUUGUGAGAUUAUGUUAUUGAUCAUCUUGGGUGUGUCUGUUGUUUGUGUGGUUGCAUUGUUUUCUUUCGAUUUAUUUUUAGCUCCUAUAAACAAUUUGGUUCAGUAAGAUCAAAAUCUAUGCAUGUACUUGAUUGAAUUCAUAGGGUUGAAAGCUUCAUAUUUGCUAAAGCAUGAGUAAAGUUCUAAUUAAAAAGAGUAAUGUUAUUGAAAUCUAAAAAAUUAAACCAAUUUGUUUACAUAAUAAGAAGGU